AUGGAAUUUAACUUCUCAAUAGCGAACAUAACAAGUAGAACAAACUUAUACUCAGCCAAUGAGAGAGUGUCAUUGAUUCUUAGCCCUCACAUUACCAUCAUCAUUGUGGUAUUCAUCUUAUUGGCUAUCGUAAUAAUCGCAGGAAACCUAUUGGUUCUUGUGUCCAUUCGUUUCAACUCUCGCUUACGAAGCCCAGAAUGCAUUCUGAUAUUAUCCCUAUCAGUCGCCGACCUAAUGGUAGGGCUAUUCCUACUUCCAGUCAAAAUCGUAGAGCUGAUGUCUCUUCAUCGGGCGAGAAAAUUCAUGUGGUGUGACAUGACAAUUUCCCUAACUCUCUUCGUGUUGAGUGCAUGCCUGAUGAAUCUUGUUACCGUCGCAUUUGAUAGAUGUCUGGCGAUAUCCUACACUAUGAGAUACAACAGCUUUAUGACGGUUCCAAAGGUGUGUUUUGGAAUCGUCAUGGUAUGGCUGACUGCAUUCACAGUUGCUUUUUUGCCGUUGUCAGGCGUCGGUACAAAAUCGGUGAAAACUCAACAUCUUGGGCGCCCAUGUUGCUUCUCUGACAUCUUGGAAGAAACCUACAUGGGGCUUUACUUUGCCUUUAUUUGUGCAACACCGACUGUACUCAUAACCACGGCAUACUUAAAGAUCUUUCUUCUGGCACGCAGUCAGGCACGACGGAUUUCUUCACUAAGGAUGUACAUAGAGGAACUUUCAACAUAUAAUGGAGGACCGAUGAACUCGCCAAGACCGAUUCGUUUCGCACGAGAAUCAAAAGCCGCUAAGACUAUAGGUAAGGUGCAAAAAUCUGUAUUUUAUGAAUUUUCCUUUUUUUCUCGUAAAUCUACGAGUUUUUUGGGGUGCAUUUCGAUAGAGUUUCGUAAAAUCAAACCAAGUAAAUCCCCUUGACCCUUCAGAAGAAGUGGAAACAAAAACGACGGGAAAUUGCCUAAUUUUAUCGAAGUAAUCAUUGCACGAUAGCCCGCGAUAGUUGAAAAAUUAAAUAUAGAGUUAAUUCUGUUGUUUUUCACGGUGGAUUUUUCGACGGGACCUGGAAAGUUAUCGUCAUAAAUAAGGUUACGUUUGUCAACUGGAAUGGAAAAUGUUCUUUAUAAAACAAUUGUCCAUAUAAUGUCGAAAGUAAUCCGAGAUUGCUGUGAUUUUGCUUUCCUUCGCUCCGUGAUUGGCGUAGAAAACUUGCACCAUUCUCUCGACCAAUCAGAUGCAAGGCUAAAAGUAAUUACGAGUUGGUCGUCGGCGUUUUCCUGCGCUUUAGGUAAUUUGCUUGAUUUUACUUUGAGGUAUUUACUCUAAAGGUAUUUUCCUUCCUCCUGAUUUUCUUUGGUUUUGGUUAAACGACACUCAAUCGAAAAGCGCUCUAAAUUGAUUACAAAAGAUCACAGUGCACAGUAACUCUCCGCUGCUUCUUCGGCGGGUAAGUGAGAUUACAUUUUGACAUUUCACAUCAAUGAGCUAUCAUGAAAAUCUGUUCUACAGUCUUAUCUAACCUACAUUUUUCUUUAAUUGUAGCGAUUGUCGUUGGUGUGUUUUACCUGUGUUGGAUUCCAUUCUUCGUCAGCAUUCUUUCAACAACUUUCAAACAAGAAGCUGUUCCUUAUCUUAACGCCGCUUUGGUGACAUGCCUUGUUUACUCCAACUCCGCAUUGAAUCCGCUCAUCUACGGAUGGCUGAAUCAAGAGUUCAAAACCACUUACAAGAGAUUGGCCAAAAGUUUUCUCUGCCUCACUCGAACCAGGUGCCUCUCAAGCUUUCGUGUAACUAGGAUAAAAAAGUCCCCUGUGCGGCACACAGUCACCUCAACGAUCUCUGCUACGCAAUCAGAAAUAGCAUCGCAGAACUUCCACCCAAGUGCGUGCUGUACAAGAAACUUGUAG